CUCAGGUCACCUCUGGGAGCUUCACAGAUGUCAUGGAUUGGAAGACACAACUAGACGCAGGUCCAGUGAGAUUGAUCCUGAGGGAUUGUCUUCCAUCCCUUCUAGACUUGAAAGCUUUUUCCUUCCACCUCAGGUACCAUAAUGGCACCUCUUCUUGGAAAAAUUAAGAACUAGAAGAACUAAGAGAGUAUGGUGUCUCUGAAGUUGAAGCGAGAGAAAUGAUCACUGAGGAAAUGUGUGCUGAGCAAUCUCAGAAACAGCAAAGAGAUACAGAAGAAACUGCAGGACUUUGGACAUUUUGAAGAAUUCUUCAAAGCAUGCUCCCUGAAACAUUUUCCGUAGUCCAUUAAAACAUGUAUUGUACUACUGUGACACAUUGGGACAGCUACCUUUACUAAACGAGAUCAUUUUCAACAUUUGCAUUUAUAGAAGAGGAAACACAAAGAUUUCCAAAUGAAUAACCGAAAGGAAGAUAUGGAGAUUGCCUCCCAUUACCGUCAUCUGCUUCGUGAGCUCAAUGAGCAGAGACAGCAUGGCAUCCUCUGUGAUGUGUGCAUCAUAGUGGAAGGGAAAAUCUUUAAAGCUCAUAAAAACGUUUUGCUUGGGAGCAGCCGCUACUUCAAAACACUGUACUGCCAGGUGCAGAAGACAUCUGACCAGGCUACAGUAACUCAUUUAGACAUUGUCACCGCACAGGGCUUUAAAGCUAUCAUUGACUUCAUGUACUCUGCUCACCUUGCGUUGACCAGCAGAAAUGUCAUUGAGGUGAUGUCAGCGGCUAGUUAUCUCCAGAUGACGGAUAUUGUCCAGGCUUGUCAUAAUUUCAUAAAAGCAGCUCUUGACAUAAGCAUCAAGUCGGAUGCAUCGGACGAACUUGCUGACUACGAAAUCGGCGCUCCCUCCAGCAGUAGUACUGAUGCUUUGAUUUCCGCGGUGGUGGCUGGUAGGAGCAUCUCUCCCUGGUUAGCUCGGCGAACAAGUCCAGCAAAUUCCUCUGGAGACUCAGCCAUUGCCAGUUGUCACGAAGGAGGAAGCAGCUAUGGGAAAGAGGAUCAGGAACCAAAAACAGAGAGUCACGAUGAUAUUUCAUCACAAUCUCUGUGGGCUAGUGACAUAGGCUAUGGGUCCUUACGUAUCAAAGAGGAGCAGACCUCACCGUCGCAUUACGGAGGGAGCGAAUUGCGUUCUGCAAAGGAUAGUACAAUUCAGAACACUUUCCCCGAACAAGGUGCGGGGGAUGCUUGGCAACCCACAGGCCGCAGGAAGAAUCGGAAAAAUAAAGAGACCGUGCGUCAUAUUACACAGCAAGUAGAAGAUGACAGCCGGGCAAGUUCUCCAGUGCCAUCUUUCUUGUCUGCUUCCGGCUGGCCAUAUAACAGUCGUGAUCCUAAUGCUGAUGUGACAGUGACAGAACCCAGCAGCUCUGAUAGCCGAGGGGAGAGAGCGGACCUCUAUGCAAAUGCUGAUGAGGCACUCAUAGGAGGAGAAGCUAGUUACCUAUCUCAGCCCCUAACUCCGGAGAAAGACGAUGCACUUCACCAGGCUACGACUGUUGCUAAUUUACGCGCUGCCCUCAUGAGUAAGAACAGCCUGCUGUCUCUCAAAGCCGAUAUGCUGGGAGAUGAUAGCUCUCUGCUGUUUGAGUACUUGCCCAAAGGCACCCAUUCAUUAUCUCGGCCUGGCACCAACUUGAAUCGUUCAUGGGGCGAAUUUGAUAGCAAAGUGGAAGCAUCAUCUCCCCUGCUGCCUUCAUCACACCUUUCCAAUCAGAGCCCCCCCGGGAUCUCCCAUUCUGGUGAAAUGUCACCAGAAACCAUGAUAAAAGGAGAGAUGCUGCCUUCAACUCAGGUGACCCACGAUGGCAUUUUCACCUUCUGGCAGUUUGACAACACCGACCCAGAUAUAAAUGCUUCAAGACCAGAAGAUGUGUAUUUAAACAAUGGAGCUCUCUCUUUGGACUCCAGCCUAAACCAGAGAAUGAUGUGUGGCUUCUGUGGAAGGAUGUUGGAAAAUCCAGAAAAGCUGAGAGAGCACAUCCAUGAACAUGCCUUUUCUGUAUUUCUCCCGUUUGACUUAAUUGACUAUCCUCAACCUCUGCUCACUAGGCUUGCUGAUCACAUACCACCCGCUCAACUCGCCCGUUUCCGAUGUUCAAAGUGCCCUGCCAGUUUCACUCUAAAGUCAAACAUGGAUCGACAUGAAAAAACUAUUCAUUGUAAUCACAAGAAGAUGCAGUGCCCCCAUUGCUUAAAGUUGUUUAGGGACAAGACAGACCUGAAUCGGCACCUUAUGUCUGUGCAUUCCAGCGAACGGUCUUUUAUGUGUCUCUUCUGUGGCAAGGGUUUUGGUACCCAGAAAAAUCUUACCACUCAUAUUAAAGUAUGCUACAUGGGCACUUCCCAACCAGUGGAGGAUGAACUUUUGGAUAGUGUGGAAACUGAUGAGGAAACAGCAGUUGACUAGCAAAGAUGCUACACUUUCCUGUUAGCAAAAAUAACUAGCUUCUGCUUUGUAACUUUUGCUGGGUGGACUCAUACUUUCUGGUGGGAAUUAAAUAGUCAGUCUGUAUCAUGAGCUCUAAGUUCCAAGGUAGAAAUAUGAAACGGAUCUGGUUCUUUUUUACCCUUUCUUUUUUGGGUGGUCGUAGAGAGAAAGAAUUGGGAAAUGUGUUGUCGCUUGCCAUUAGGGAAGUAGAACCCACUACUUUCUAUUAUGCAUUUUAAAACACUUCACAUCUUGUAAACUUAAAGUUGAAAUACCAAGAUGUACUUUAUUGAAGAGUAUUUCUUCUUGAUUAGCACUUUAGUGGUGUUUUUAUGUUUCCAGCUGCACUAUUUACUGCACCUUCUUCCUCCUGUUCACAGAUAUCUGGUUUCCAAGAAAAAUGAAAUUGUCCAUUUAAAUAGAUAUUAUAAACUAGUUGAGCUCAAAGGAGUCUACAUAGGUUAUUUAGUUCAUUUUCUCUCUUAUAAGCAUAAAUCUUUGGAGUGAUGAGCUACUAGAAUAGUUUUGUUGUUGGGGUUGUUUGUUUUGGGUGGGUUUUUUUUUUAAAAGAUGUCUUUUUGACUAAUAAUUUAUUUGCGUUAUUUAACCUGUAGUAAAUUGAACUCUAGUUAGAAAUGAUGAACAUUUUUAAACAUUUCUGCUUUUGAAAAUGCAUCAUUGGCUUUGUUGAAAUUGACACCAGAGAGUGAAUGUAGUGAGUGAAUGUAGUGAGUGAAUGUAAAUUCCUCUGUAGGUGGUAGGUUUGUUGUGGGUAGGGAAUAUGACUCCCAACUCUUGUGUUACACUCUCCCAAGUGCUUAGUAUAGUGCUCUGCACACAGUAAACACUCAGUAGAUGUCAUUGAUCUACUGAUCAAUUAAUUCUGAGGUAAAUUUUAAAGUUUGAUUUUCAUAGGGAAUUUUUUUUCCCUUUCUAAAUUUAUUUUCUGUUUUUAUGGUAUUUGUUAAAUACCAAGGUG